AUGGCCUGUUUCGUACCAGUGCUCACCUAUUUACCACUUUUGUUGGCCGCAUUACCCGUAGUAACGCACGUUUUCAAAAUAUUACUACUCACAUCUCUGAUUACUUACAUUCAUCUGCUGCUGUUUUUGCCCAAUAUGAUGAUAUUUCUCACCGAACAAAUCCCAUCAUUCUGUUCAUCGUUACAAGAUGUAUGCGAUGAAUGCUGCUGCUACUGUCUCGAUGUGGAUGACGAUUCUGGAAGCAUCUACUACGUUCCAGCCGGAACUGGCACAACAGCCCAGUGCAAUUCUCAGCAUUUCACAGACUUUACCAGGCAAUAUUCCUAUGCACUAACUGUACCACCAACAACCCAUGGAAUGCUACUACCUUCGGCAGCAGCAGGUUAUCUUCCAGUUGCUGCUGCUCCGGUCACUCCCGUUCUUGUCCCAGAUGUUCUGCCAUAUCAGUCAAAUCCAAUCGCCGGUAUUGAAAAUUAUCGCUCGUAUAAAAGCCGAAGGCAUGAAAAUAACAGCGAGGUCUACACUCUCAACUUGUAUUGUCCACGAGCAUUAUAUGUUCCGUUACGGUAG